UUCCCAUCAUUCUUCGCGGUCAGCAGCAGCAGCAGCAACUCGGUUAGCUAAAAUCACAUCACUUUUCUAGUCCUGAUUAAAAACUAUCCUUCGCGGCCAUGAAAGAUGUCAGCGGUUACCUCAAGCAGCAGCAGAGCAACAGCUCCACUCCGGAGAUGGCGGCCGAGUGGCACGGUCUGGAAGAAUUGUACAACAAAAGACUGUGGCAUCAGCUGACUCUGAAGCUGACAGACUUUGUUAAAGACCCUUGCUUCAAAACAGGAGAUGGCCUCAUACAGCUCUAUGAAAAUUUCCUCUGUGACUUCGAACACCGAAUCAACCCCUUGUCCCUUGUGGAGAUUAUCCUGUAUGUUGCCAGACAGAUGACAGAUCCUAAAGAUGCCAUCACUUUUCUUGAAAAGACCAAAGAAAAGGUGAAAAGCAGCGACGAAGCCGUCAUUCUCUGCAAGACGUCGAUCGGACGUCUGAAGCUGGAGAUCAAUGAUCUUCCUGCCACAAAGAAACUCAUCGAAGAAGUUGAGGAGAUGUUGAAUAACUUGCCCGGUGUGACGUCAGUCCACGGUCGCUUUUACGACCUCUCCAGUAAGUACUAUCGUAUUAUCGGAAACCACGCCUCCUACUACAAAGAUGCUCUGCGCUACCUCGGCUGUGUGGAUAUCAAAGACCUUCCAGAAACAGAGAAGCAAGAGAGGGCGUUCACUCUCGGACUGGCUGGACUCUUAGGAGAAGGAGUUUACAACUUUGGAGAGCUGCUGAUGCAUCCUGUGCUGGAGACGCUGAGAAACACAGACAAACAGUGGCUCAUUGAUACACUUUAUGCCUUCAAUGGUGGCAACGUGGAGAAAUUCCAGAGCUUCAAGUCUGCCUGGGGCCAACAGCCGGACCUGGCAGCACAUGAACCUAAACUGAUGCAGAAGAUCCAGCUCCUGUGUGUCAUGGAGAUGACCUUCACUCGCCCUGCGAACCACAGACAGCUGACAUUCACAGAGAUCUCUCAGAGCACACAAAUCCCCGUCAAUGAGGUGGAGCUGCUGGUGAUGAAGGCUCUGUCUGUGGGUCUGGUCAAAGGCAACAUUGAUGAGGUGGAUCAGAAGGUGCAGAUGACCUGGGUGCAGCCCCGAGUCCUGGACCUGCAGCAGAUCAAAGGUAUGAAGGAGCGACUGGACUUCUGGUGCGGUGACGUCAAGAACAUGGCGAUGUUGGUGGAGCAGCAGGCGCACGACAUCCUCACCUGAACAGGUGUACAGGUCCCCGGGGGGAGGAGCCUCCACCCCCGCUAUAGAUUUCUGUUUUCUGUUAUUUCUGCUACUGGAUAUUUGUUCUUCUGUUGUUGUCAGUGGUGGCAACCUGUAAAUUACACAUUUUACAAAUAAACAACAUCCUCACCA